AUGGCGGGAAGAAUACGAGAAGUAUGGGCGGAAAACCUGGAGAUCGAGAUGGCUCUGCUGCGCGAGACGAUCGACAAAUACCCAUAUGUUGCCAUGGACACCGAGUUCCCCGGCAUCGUGGCGCGGCCAAUAGGAACAUUCAAGGGCUCGUCAGAUUACCACUACCAGACGCUGCGCUGCAACGUGGAUCUGCUCAAGCUCAUCCAACUCGGCAUCACCCUCUGCGACGAGAAUGGCAAUCUGCCACCUGACGUCUGCACAUGGCAGUUCAACUUCCGAUUCAGCAUCAACGACGACAUGUGCGCACCCGACUCGCUGGACCUCUUGACCAAAGCCGGACUUGACUUUGACCGACACGAGAGGAUGGGCAUCGAUGUGGAGCAUUUUGGCGAGCUGCUCAUCACAUCAGGGCUUGCGCUGUUUGACGAUGUCAAGUGGGUGUCGUUUCACAGUGGCUACGACUUUGGCUACCUGCUCAAGGUGGUGACGUGCAGUCCUCUGCCGGCGCAGGAGGCCGACUUCUUUGCGCUGCUGCGCGUGUGGUUCCCGUUCAUCUACGACAUCAAGUUUCUCAUGCGAAGCUGCAAGACGCUCAAGGGCGGCCUGCAGGACGUGGCCGACGAUCUGCAAGUGAGUCGUAUCGGGCAGCAGCACCAGGCGGGUAGCGACAGCCUGCUCACGGCAACGACGUUCUUCAAGAUGCGCCAAAAGUACUUUGAUGGAUCGAUCGACGACUCCAAGUAUCUUGGAUGCCUGUACGGCUUCUCGUCGAGCUCGUCGCAUGCCAACGGCAUGGUGCACUACACGCAGGGGCGGCCCGUCUCGGUGCAAAGCUUCCACGAUGGUUCCUCGAUCCCGCGCUCGGUGUCGGGCGGAUACGCGGCGGCCGGCGGAUACGGCUCCAACUUUGGCAGCCCGUUCAAGUCGAGUCUGAGCACUUCGACCGAGCGCUGA